AGAGCUGUGUGCAAUACAUAAAUAGAUUAACAUUCAAUUUUUAAGAUAAAUAUUCGAGCAAAAGAUGUUAUUAUUUUGCCAGUAUGGAAUUCUUGACAACACUACCUACUUUAAGAUAAGCAAUAUUAUCUGUGGCUUUAAAUACGAUUUGCAAGUUUUAUCUCUCCUAAUGGAACCAGGAAAUUGGGACACGAAAAUAUUUUUUAUAAACAACGCCAAGAAAAGACUGUGAAAUGUGGUCGACCCUGUGGCACGACUGAAGAAACUGAUGCUCCAUUUUCACAUCUAUUUUUCUAACAGAACUAGAAACAUGAAACUUGAAUUCUACAUUUUCUAAACUUACUAAAUCACUGAUAAUUUUAGGAUCCACUCUGCUGAUAAGUAAACAUUGCAAUUUAGUAAGUACUUAAUAUUUCUUCAUAACGAUUGGACAAAUGAGGUAGCUAUGAGGCUGUUCCAGAAAUUAGGAAAACUGAAAAUCUGAAGGCGACAUUUUGUUAGAUUUCCAAUAAGCGAAUACACUGAAAAGACGGCAACGCGAAUAGUUCCUCGACGAUUGCUGGCACUGUUGUAGCUAAUAGGCAAUUUAUUUGUGGAAUACGUUACUUAAUAAUGUAUCUGUUAAUCAAGACUUUUAAUAGCCAAUACAGUAUAUUUAUAUAUUGAGGCUUCUCAUUAGUAAGUAUACAUACAGUGCUAUUCACUGUACAAACACGCUCAAUUUGGACAGACAGCCAGAUCACCAGUUUUAAAAAUAGUGGAUUUGUAUUCUAGAGUGCUUGGCAGUUGCUUCAGAGGCAGCGCAAAAGCAACGCAACUAAAGUCGCAAACCAGCUACAGGUACACAAAUCAAAACAUAAAGCAAAAUUUGUAG